CAACAAUCCAGGACCUUCGGCGAAAUCAAGGAGAAAGAAACCAAAAUUACUAGCUUCUGAAUUCUUAAUUUCAUCGCACCGAACGGACUCAGAGGAGCCAACUGAGCGCCUGAGGCAAAGGAGGAAACUCCCACGAAUCGAAGUUAAGUUAACGGAAGAUAAUAUCACGCCCAUCACCAUGGAGACCACCACUUCUAACGACGCUGGAACGCUGAAAAAGAAACGAAAUCGUUCCCACAAAAAACCUAAGGCGAAGGUAGCGGCCACCGAGCAACACGAUCUUCCGACGGGAAACGAGAACGAGCCACCUGUACCGGUGUCUUCCGAAAAGCAGCCUGCCGUUGCUCAUACUGAAACGCAGCAGCAGGAAGCUGGUGAAACACUAGCCCGAAAGCCGAGCCGUCGGCGCAAGCGUAAGCCAAAAAGUGUCAGUGAGGAUCAGCAUACAACGAAGGACGAUCGUCUGGAAUCGCUAGCGGUAGAAGAAAAGCCAGUGCAUCCGGCUCCUCCGAAAAGUGUUGACUGCAAGGCAGCGGCUACUGCUCCGGCACAGUCUGUGAUAGAGAAAAAAGAAAUCAAACCUGUAGCUGAGCUGCACUUUAACCUGAGCGGUAUUGAGAACAUUUCUCUAGAGGACAUCUUCCCUCGAUCGAAUGCGAUCACUUUCGAUGCUGUUCCCCGGUCUGGCCGAAGCAAAGAAGCAUUAAACACUGGUGAAGUAGCACCCCCGAGAGUGCAGCGCAAACAACAGAGACACACAAUCGACGCAGCAAAGGAAGGGCUGGACCACAUCGAGUGUGAAGCACUGUUUCCAAGUGACGAAGCCGUUGGAAGGGCAAAUUCAAAUCAAUUGCAAAGCAAUAACAAGGAUAAACUCAUCGCAGCGGUGGUACCAGCAGCCGUUGAAAUGAGCGCACAAUCCGGCCCGGUUCCUAAGACGGACAAAUCGCGCGAGGAAGUUCUUGCCGAACGAGAGGCCAAGAAGGCGGCCAAGCUAGCGGCCAAGGGUAAGGGCAAGUCGGGCAAGGAUGGAGCGGCUGGCCAGCAACAACAGCAAGCACCAGUAGGCCCUGCGAAGAAACCGCAAUCGCAAAAAGCCGAGCCAACUGUUGGUGGUGGACCGCUUGCAAAGUCCGAUACGGAUGCGAGCAUCUGUGAGAAGCUGAAAGAUCUUCACAUCAGCGAUGCCGGUACCGCAGGACCACCUGCAACGAAAGUGGACGAGAAACCGGUGGCGACCAAACCGGAGCAACUUACGAAAGCCGAACGGAAGGCACAAUUUGAAGCGCAAAAUCCGACCCUAGCCGGUAAGCAACCAGGAGCUGGUGGUGAUUCCACGAAACCACCAAAACCGACGCUAUCGAAGGCGGAGCGAAGAGCAAUACAGGAGGCACAGCGUGCGGCCAAAGCGGAAGCACAGCAGGUGAAGGCAAAGGGACCGGUCGAGCCAGAAGCUGGCAAGAAAGCAGCUCCCUCAAGCACCACCGGCACUGGUGCCGUGAAACCGGUUAAAAAGACUGUCGGUGGAGCGGUUCCGGGCACACAUGGGGCCGCUCCACGGAAACACAUCGUAAAUCUGUUCAAUCAUCUGCACCAGCCCAAGUUUGCGGCAGCGGAAAUCAUCAACUCGCCCACGUUGCACCCGGCCGUUACGAAGCUUGGCGUACAGUAUGCCGGUGGUACGGUUGUUGGUUCGAAGGCACGCUGUCUGGCACUGCUGCGAAUGUUGAAUCAGCUCAUACACGACUAUGAGACACCGCCGGAAAAGGAGUUUUGUCGUAGCUUCGAAGAGACGCUUAACCUCGCGGCCACGCAUUUGCAGCGCUGUCGCCCGUUUUCCGUCUCGAUGACGAACGCAUUGCGCCACGUGAAGAUGAACACGCGACAGUUGGAUGCAAAACUGUCCGAUUCCGAGCAGAAGGAGUGCCUACUGGAAGCGAUCGAGGCGUACAUACGCGAUCACAUGGAGAAGGCCGAGGAAGCGAUCUGCAUUUCGGUGCAGGAAAAAAUCUACGACGGUGACGUGAUCCUCACUUACGGAUGCUCUUCCCUCAUCAAACAUAUCCUGGAGGAAGCAAACCGACGCGAGAAACGGUUCCGGGUGAUCAUCGUGAAUGCGAGACCACGUGAGGAAGAGCACGAAAUGCUGGAGCAGCUUGUCCGACAGGGAGUGCACUGCGUUUGUGUGCUGAUCAAUGCGGUCAGCUACGUGAUGCCGGAGGUGACGAAGGUGCUGCUCGGUGCCCAUGCGCUGCUAGCGAACGGAUCGGUCAUGAGUCGUGUCGGUACGGCCCAGAUUGCGCUCGUCGCUAAAGCUUACAACGUGCCCGUGCUGGUGUGCUGCGAAACGCACAAGUUCACCGAGCGUGUCCAGACUGAUGCCUUCGUCUAUAAUGAGCUUGGCAAUCCGUGUGAGCUUGUGAUGGCUCCCAAGGGAGGGCACCGUGAUCUGUCCGAAGCGAAGCCCAUGCUGGCUGGCUGGGAAACGAUCUCUUCGCUCACUAUCCUGAAUCUGCACUACGAUGUAACGCCACCGGAGCUGGUAACGGCCGUGGUCACCGAGGUGGCCAUCCUUCCCUGCACCAGCGUACCCGUGAUUCUGCGCAUCAAACCAUCCGAUGUGGCGUACUAAUCGUUCCCGUGACCGAGCGAGAGGACUGUUCAAGUUUAGCAAACUGCCUAGUUUAGCAUCCUUUUUGUGUCUGUGUAAAGAUAAUAAACUUAACUAUUCAGCUACUAA